AUGUUCCAGAAGGAUGACUUGGAUCAUAGACAGGAUGGAGCUGUUGUCAGGCACUUCCAGCCUGUGGAGGCAGAUCAGACUCGUGAAGACAUCCUAAUUGGUAAAAUGGCGAAAAAGAGGAUCACACAAGAGACAUUUGAUGCCGCAGUCAGGGAAAAUGUGGAAGAAUUUGAGAUGGACCCUGAUGAGGCUCUGAGGGACGCAGUCGAACAAUUUGAGUCUCAAGGUGUGGACCUCAGUUGUAUAGUGCAAGCUGUACCAACAGCAUCAUCUAAUGAUAAUCAAGAGGAACCAAUGCAUGAGGUCCUACAGGCUUUAGAAUCUCUCAGAAUUGGAAAAGACUCCGCUUCUGUGUCUGAGGUGACAGAGGACAUGAAAUGCUUCGUCUCGCAGUGUUCUCUCGGAUUUGCACAGCGGUACCUGGCGGCUCAAAAAGAUGCCUACCCCAUCAUCUUCUCCUAUUGCAAAAAGAGUUUGGAUGAGCGGGAUGCUGUGCUUGUUGUACUAUCGGCUCUGGCUGCGCUGACAGACGGACAGCCCGACCUGCUGGACGCAGAGGGCCGGCAGUUCCUUUUAGACGUCCUCAACAAGUACCAGGCGGACACCUCGGUGAUGCGUGUGGCCAUUUGCGCGGUGCGUCACUGUUGCUUAAAGCAUGAACAGAACCGGCAGGAUUUGGUCAAAGCUGGUGUCCUGCCGCUGCUGACCGCUGCCAUUACACAACACCGUGGCUGUGCUGAGCUGGUCAAGGAGGCCUCCGCUGCCCUCAGGUUCAUGACUUUUGACGACGAUAUCCGAGUCCCGUUUGGGCAAGCGCACGAACACGCCAAGAUUAUCGUACUUGAGCACAGUGGACUGAAGGUCUUAAUCGAUGCUGCUAAAGCUCACGUUGGUAAUACUUCAGUUCUGAGUGAGCUGUGUGCAGCUUUAUCCCGCCUGGCUGUUAGGAAUGAGUUUUGUCAGGACAUCUGCGAUCUGGGCGGAUUAAAAUUCAUGAUGACAUUGCUCGCAGACAACUAUGAAUCACCGGAGUUGGUCCGGCAGGUCCUCGGGGCACUACGAGCCGUGGCCGGGAACGAUGAUGUGAAAGAUGCAGUUGUGGAUGCUGGUGGAGUUGAGCUCAUCGUCAUUGCCAUGAACAGGCACACGAGCAAUCCUGCAGUGUGUGAUCAGGGCUGCGCGUGCCUCUCCGUCCUUGCCUUACGCAAACCCAAUAACUGUAAAGUCAUCAUGGAGAACGGGGGCGCCAUGGCUGCCGUUCAGGCUAUGAAGGCUCACUCUAAUGUGGUCAGCGUACAGAAACAGGCGUGCAUGCUGUUGAGAAACCUGGUUGCACGAAUGCAGAACUUCACCCAACUCAUCCUGGACAUGGGAGCGGAGGCUUUGAUUGCUCAGGCGGUGGAGACACAUGAAGACUGCGGGGAUGUGGGUAAAGCGGCCCUCCGAGAUCUGGGAUGUAAGGUGGAACUCCGAGAGCUGUGGACGGGAAAACGCACCGGCAUUACCAACUGAACACUGCAGAUCACAAGCACAUACUUUACAAUAUCGACUUACUCUGUCUUCAGACAAUAGCAGUAGAUACAGGUACACCCUCCUAUCUAUAGACAUUUAUACUGUGUAAUUAUUGUUUAAUGGCCACCAGUGACACACAAAGACUAUUGUCCACAAUUCAAAUAACUCCAAAAAGGCGUUGUGAGACUUUGUGUUAUUUUAUUUUUCUAUAUUUGCAACACUUAUGUUUAUAAAGUGGAUUUUUUUGUCUUUUGUGCCAUGGAUUAAAAUAUUAAAAUCGACUCUUUUGCUGCUAUGCACUGUACAAAUUCAUUUAUUGGCACACCCAAAUUUAAACAUUAAUUGUCAGUCCUGUACUGCUUCUUUCUUCCAUUUCUAUUUUUUUAAAGAUCCAUCGUUUAGUUCAAAUUUUUAAAAAGAUUUUUUGUGUUCACCUUUCCAGGCUCUGUUAUACUUUUUUGUAGAUGCACAGCCAUGGUUGGAUCUAAGCUCUCUUCAUUUGGUCAAAAAGAGAGUAAAUCUUUGUGUACAAUCCAGACUUUUAGAUGUUUGUUAAGUACAUUCUGGGUGCAUCCCAGUUGUAAAGAACCUUUGUGUGAUCUUUCACAGUGCCUUCCAAUUUGACACUAUCCAGUCUAUUACUAUUGGCUUUUUCCAAAUAAUUUUGCAUAGUUAUAAUGCAAUUGUUGUUAUUUUAUGCUCAGCAGUUUUAUCUUUGAAUGUUUACCACUGUUUUAGAGGGCGGUUAUUAUAUUUGUUGGACUUCGCACUUUGAUGAGCUGUGGUUGUUUUUAAAUAUACAGUAGAAAAAUAACUUGACUGAUCUACCGUACAGUGGCACUGUGUGUUUUUCUUUUUUGUUCCUGUAUAAAAAGGAUGCAUAAGUAACACUGUCAGAUUUUCAAAGUUUUCAACUUCUAAACCAGAAAGAAAUAGCCAGAAUAAACAAAAAUGGAACAGCACCGACUUUGAGGUAUUAGUGGAUUUCUUUCACUGAGCAACGCUUUCAUGAAAUUCAUUAAAAGACGUGUGUGCC